AUGAAGCAAGAUGAAUCUGUUUUGAAGACACUUGAAAAGAAAACAACACAAGAAAUCAGACAGAGUCCAAGAUUACAAAAAACAAAAACGAAAAAGUCGAUGAAGCAAGACAAAUCUAUUUUCAAGACACCUGAAAAGAAAACAACUCAAGAAAUCAGACAGAGUCCAAGACUUAAAAUGAUUAAAUACAAAAAAUUUGUGGCUCCUAUUAAAGUUGAUGAUAGCCUUGUAAAGAAAGAAUUUGAUGAAAAAGUAACAGAUAUGAAAAUCCAUCUACCUAAUGCAAAGAUAGACAUAACACCAGAACUUGUUCAUGAUUUGCUUGGAAUUCCUCUAGGUGGAAAAGAUAUAUAUAACACUGAUCAAUGUGAAGGAAAAGAAUUAAUGGAUUGGAAGCAACAGUACAAUUUCAAGGCUAUGAGACCAUCAGAUGUUGAAGAGAGAAUUAAAGAAUCAUUAGAUUCAGGGAUUAUUUUCAGAACAAAUUUUUUAUUACUGUUUGUUAAUACCAUAUGUGAACAAAAUAAGCCUGGAACUUGUAUGACAACAGUAUUGCCACAUUUGUUAGGCAAAACACCUAUGAGAGAAAUUGAUUGGUGUGGUUUUAUAACCAAUUGCUUGAAAAUGUCAAAGAUGACGUGGGAUGAAACCGAUAGAGGAAACUACUAUUGUGGGCCACUUCUUGUAUUCUUGAGUGGUGACUUUGGAACUUUGGAAUGGAAUGAUGAUGUUAUAGAGAAUGAUGAAGAAUCCGACACCGAUGAAAAUGAAGAUAUGAAACUCGAUGAAUUGGUAUUCAAAGCGAAAAAUAAUUACAAAAAACUAGUGAAUGAUAAAAUGAAGUUUGAAAAGUUAAUUGAGUUUUCAACAACAAAAUUCACAGAAAGCGAUGAGUUGAAAGAUAUGAAGAAAGUCUUUGAACAAGAAUUCAUUUAUAAAACUCAAAAUGAAGAUGAUGCAAAAAGUGACAGGAAUGAAGAUGAAGAAAAAAGCGAUGAGAAUUUGAAUGAACAUGAAAUAAAGAAUCAACCAAUCAUGGAAGGAGAUGAAAGCAGUGAAGAUGAACACAUGAAGAAAGAAAUAAAAGAUGAAAAACUUGAUGAAGGAGAAAGUUAUGAUUCAGAAGAAACAGAAUGUGACAAUAAUAUCUUGGGAAUUGAAGAUGAUGAAGACAAAAAAAGAGAAGUAGGAAAAAGAUUAAAAAAACCAUCACUAAAGCUAUCUUCUCCUUAUAAUAAAAAAGAGGUUUGUGCAUCAAAAUUUGUAGAUCCAGAUGAAGUAAAAGUAUCAGAUAUAAUUUUUUCCAGAAUUGGUAAUAGCAGUGAGAAGGUAUUUCAGACUAAGAGAGGUUAUGUGCUUGGAAGAGGAAUGAUUGAAACAAUACAGCCAGGAUUAUGGGUACACACACAUGUCAUUGAUGCUUGGACUAAUAUUUUGAACUACGAAGAAAAGCUAAAAUCAAAUUCUACAGUGAAUCGGUAUUUCUUUGAUACAUCAAUGGUGAGACAGUUCAUAUUUGACAAAAAUAUCCCUUUCAAUGAAAGAUCUGAUAAAUUUGAGUCAAAUAUCAAAGAUGCACUGAAAAAGGACAAAGAACUUCUGUAA